AUGACAGGGAAAGAGGGAGUUGUGUUUUCAGACUCUGAAAACAAACAGAAACCAGCCUCACAAACAGGCGUCAACCACUCGGGCUCUCAGCUGCCGGGCCCGGGGUGGAAGAUGGCCCCCGUGGUGCACCGGCGGACCGGCUUCGGCAUCCAGGAGCUGCUCGGCCUCAAUAAGGAGCCGCCGGCGGCCCCGAGACGACCUCUGGAGGCUCUGCCCCACAGGGCGCACGUGCUGGCUGCCAGGUCGGCCCUUGGACACGGGGCUAUUGGAGUUGGGAUGGGUUUGCUGGGACCAGAGGGAAUACACUCGUUUUACAGCCAGCCUGCGUUUUUGGAGGUGCUGUCAGAGGCGCAAAAUGUUCACCUGCAGCCGCUGCACAGGACGGCGCACAUGGACGUUCAGAUGGAGACACAACACUCCAACAGCUCCGGUGAGUCAGGAGAGCUUCACACUUCACUCCUGAGGGUUUACUGUUAGUCAUUUCACCAGAGCUAACUCAUGUAUUCAGGCUAAAGCUCUUGAUUCAAGUGAAGGGAAAUGCAGGCUGUCUUGUACAACAUGACAAAAAGUGCUGGUAUGACAAGGGCCUUUGAACAAAUUUGUCAGUGAAAUUUAAUUAAAGAAAAAAGGUUGUACUAAUUUAGAAUCUAAAGAUCCUUUUUUUAAAAAAUGGGAUUAAACUAAAAAUUUCAAGAGGCUGUAAUUUAUCAGGAAGCAUUUAACAACUACCUCUGAAUAAGCAGUGUCAGUAACAUUAUUUUUGUUAUCGUCGAUAUGGUUUGAACAUUUAGAUAAAAGCCUAAAGCCUUUUUGAAUAAAAUUCGCGUUAAACAGUCAACCUGCAGAAAUGCCAAUUAUACAGCACAACAUAUUUUUAUAUAAGGGUAUUAUAUCUUACCUUUUUAUUAUUUAGUUUGUUAGUUUAAUUAUUGAAUAGUUUCUAUUUACCCACCAGUGUUUGUACCUACUCAUGUGUCCCGACUUUUUCUGUGUCUCUGUCAGAUUCAGAUGACAUGAGUCCAUCGUCCUGUGAUCAGAAAAUCUCCAAGUCCUCCCUGAGUCAGAAUAAGAAGAGGAAGAAGAGGAGACACAGGUAAAAUAACAACAAAGAAAAAAAAGGAAAAAAAGGGGAAAAAAAUAGAAGAAUAAACACUCUACAAAUGGAAAGCAGGAUUGUUUAUCAGUGUGUUUUCUUUUCCCUCCAAAACGUUUCAUGAAGCCAUUUAAAAAAAUAAAAUCAGUUAAUGGGCAGACAUUUUAUUAUUGUGUUAUUACAUUAAAUUAAAUUCUGUUAUAGCUUUUGGGAUUUUGUUUACAAAAUAUUAUAUAUAUAUAUAUAAUAUUUUGUAAACAAAAUCCCAAAAGCUAUAACAGAAUUUAUAUAUAUAUAUAUAUAUAUAUAUAUAUAUAUAUAUAUAUAUAUAUAUAUGUGUGUGUGUGUAUGAAGAGAGAGAGAGAGAGAAUUUUCUAAACACAAUCCCAACUAUAAAGCUGUAACAGCAUUUAUAUAACAGAAUUAUAAAGAAAUAAAGAAAAUACAUAAAUAAUAAAUAAAUAAAAUAAAGAAUUUGUACAAGGAAAAACAUCAACUUGUUUUUACUUGUAUUUUAUUUGUGAAUCUUUAUGAAUCUAUGAUCAAUAUCAUUCACUUUUCUUUUGUUACUAUCCACACAAAAGGGCUAAAAAUAAUACCAACUUUUCAUACAAUGUUAACCUUUCUGUUUUCAUUUGUUUACAUUUAUUGAGUUGUGGACAAUUUGAUUGAAUAAACAUUUAAACAUUUGAGCCUGUAUGAAUACAUUUAGUAAAUAAUGUAGUUAAUUAUUAUCAUCUUUUUUGUCUGCAGAACCAUUUUCACCUCUUACCAGCUGGAGGAGCUGGAGAAAGCAUUUAAUGAAGCUCACUACCCAGACGUGUACGCCCGAGAGAUGCUCUCCAUGAAAACUGAGUUACCAGAGGACAGGAUACAGGUGUGUAAGCGAGUUUUUUUUUGUGUUGCUCUGAUAGUGACUUAAUUUUUUUUAACCUCAGACACUCCAGUCAUGAUGAUUUCACGUGAGGGAAAAUCAACAGAGGAGCAAGGAUUUCUUUCCUGUCAAAAAAAAUUCAGAUGUUUCUGGCAGUACAAUUUUUAACAUUACCUCACGUUUAAAGAUAUUUGCAAUCAGAAUUUGUAUUUAUAACCAAUAUAGCCUGUCGGAUGAGAAAGACAGUUUUUUGCCCUUAAAACAAAGGUACACAGACAGUCAGACAUUCCACCAACAUCAUCCUCUCAUUUCUCUGUGCUCCCACAUUGGCCGCCAAUUCACCCUCUCAGAGUAAUUAGUUAAUUGAGGAGAACUUCUCAUCUCUUUCCCGCUAUAGAGUUGGUCUGUGGCCUGAAAUGAAACGAUAACUACGCAGAAAUUAAUGAGUGCAGGUCAGCGGCCGAGCACAGAGCUCUGCCUGCAUGCUGCUCCGAGCCUUUUAAUUUCCCGUGAUAUUUGAGCGCCUGGCUCCCAUUGAUCGGGCCCUGAAAUUAACUAUUUUUCAAUCAGCCCUCUCACCCCCAGGGUCACCUCUCUCAGGAAGUACUUCAUACACACACACACACACACAAGUGAAGACAUACACAGCAUGCACACUCACACUGUCGCUGUCAGACAGCAUAAUUGCUUUUCUGAGGCUCAUCUUUUUAUGAGAUGGAGGUUAUCAUCAGAUCUACCUGAAUGGCUUUCCAGGCUCGGCUUUUGAUCGUUUUUAAUUCCAGAUCUGGGGAAUAUACACGCACACACUUACACACACACUUACACACACACACGCGCGCAAACAAUCUCACCUCAUCCUGUUUUCCUUCUCAUCCAUAUUCAUGAGACUAUUACAGUUUCUGGCCUUCUGGAAAUCAAUCUAGGCACUUGAGUCAGUAGGAGAAUAAUGCAGACACGCACGCACGCGCGUGCGCACACACACACACAACAAAAUUUUCUAUAACUGUAACAAAAUAUAAAAAGCUCAAUAUUAUUGCUUGUUUUCCUAACCCAUUUUGUGCAUCACUCUUAAAACACACCUUUUCUGUAUUUGCUUGCAGAAAUAUAGAAAUUUUAGAGAAACUGUUGGGAUAAAACAUUUAAAAUCACUCUCUGUCCUCCCUUUUUGUUUUUUAAACCUCCAGCAGAUGUCAUUGUUUCAUUUUUACACAUCACUCGGAAAUAUUUUCUUAUAUAAAUAAACCAAAGAAGUGAAAAAGGAUUUAAUCAGUUUUCAAAUGAAAAUCCUCAAUACUGAUUUUGGGAUGUAUGUUUGAUGACUCUGCAACACACUGAUACACUAAAAAGAACCAAUGUCUAAUGACUAUGUGUAAAAAUGUAGAUUGCAUCGUGGAAACUUAACAAAAAAAAACUGUGCUCAUACAGCAAGGGAAUCCAAAAUAUAUAAAAAAAAUAGAUACUGUUUUUUUUUCUGAGAUCAAAGAUUUAUAGUAUGUACUUGUCUGGGCAGCUCAAACUAAUGGUUCACCAAUAUCACUUUUUCUAUAGCUGAUGCCAACACUUUUUUUACUGUGUUCAAAAACAAACAAACAAAAAAUACAAUUUAAUAUUUCUAACAACAACAAAAAAAACAUCUGAAGAGGAGACAAUAUUUGGUGAAGUAAAAUUGUCAUUUUAGGUAGUUUGGGAUUCCUGUCCAGCUAUAUGAAAUAAAUAAGAAAGGGAAAAAAAUAUUGUAAAUAUUGUAAUAUUUGAAAAAUCACAUAGAAAUCCAUUUUUCCAAGCAGGAUACGAUUUAGUAUUGGUAGAUAUCUUUGCUAGCAACAUAUAGUAUUUUAGGUGGAAUUUCAAUGAAAUCAUAAAAAAGAGAAAUGCUUUGAGAUAUUUCUUUCAGAACAUUAAACAGCAUUAUUCUGCACAGAGAUUAUAUUAAACACUGACCAGUAACUGGUUUGGAUUUGAUAUGCUGCCAUGUGUCAUAAUGAUGAUAUCAACCUUGUGAGGGCUGAUGCAGAUGUUAUGCUGAUUAUGUCAAAUCAGCCCAAUUAAUCUGUCUGCAGAUUAAUCAGACUGUCUCUAACUCAAUGCUGCAUUAAUUAGAAUAAAGCCAACACAAUCAUACACAAUAUAUUAACAGUCUCACACUUUCAGAUUAGAAAUGAUGUUCUGUACAUUUAAAUCAUGCAAAUUUUCAGUUCAGUCUAAACCUUAUCUGGCCUUCAUGUCUCCAGGUGUGGUUUCAAAACCGCAGAGCGAAAUGGAGGAAGAGGGAGAAGUGUUGGGGUCGCAGUAGCGUCAUGGCAGAGUACGGCCUGUACGGAGCGAUGGUCCGCCACUCCAUCCCGCUGCCAGAGUCCAUCCUCAAGUCAGCCAAGGAGGGUGUCACUGACUCCUACGCGCCGUGGUUAUUAGGUAAACUGUUGCAUUACAAAAGAAUACAUUAAGCAUGUCCACUUGGACAGUUUCAAUCCGUAUUUAGUGUUUCUUACAUGUUACAGUAGGAGACAAGCACAAACGAGUUUUGAAGGCUGCAUUUUAUUUAGCUGCUUACAUUGUGAGGUCUUAGUUUUCAGCUUGCUGCAGCUCUGACACACUGAUGUCAUUUUCUAGGUACUUUCUGAAUAAUAAAGACAAAGUUCACUUCCAAACAUUGACAAUUUUUUUACAUUUAUAAGUUAAGCCACUGACAAAUCAGCUUCCUCCUUUUCACUCUAAGACAUAUAUCAUACUGCGGCCAGCAACUGACAUAUCAUAGUUGUCUGGCAAGUGGGCCUUUGAAUCCUUGUGCACUUUGUUACUUUCUGGUCAUAUUUUGGCAAAAGCGUUGGAUCUGAAUGUUACAUGCUGUUAAAACUGUCUUGAAAAUUGGGAUUAAGAUGCAUUAAGGAGGUGGGAUAAACCUGGCUGAUGUUAGGAGCCAAUAAAAGUGUCAGCAUGUCAAUAAACUGCAAGCAGUCGAUACAGUGAUAAUCCUACAUAAUCAGGACAGAUUAGAACAAAUCUCCUCUCGAGGGGUUAAUGUCAAUUGAUUAGUUCAAAUCAAUUAGGUGACUAAUUGAAUGAGAGGUCCCUGCCAUCCAUCUAAUCUUCAAUCUCCUGCACACAAUUUCACUGUCAAAUUAAUGCCAUUCCCAGAUUUACUGAAUUCCACCAGAAAACAAGGACACUUAACACAGCUUUAAGUCCUCAUUGCGUUUUCUCUUCUCUCCCUUCAGGUAUGCACAAAAAGUCAGUGGAAACCUCUCCUGGAAAACCCAGCAACCUCACACCACCUUCACCUUCACCUUCACCUGCACCUGCACUGGCAGCGAUAACAUUAAAAGACAAACCAGAGGACAAAGUGAUGGAAGAAGAGAAGGAGGAACAGAUGAAAGACUCAAACCCACACAUCUCAAAAGAGGAGCUUAGGGAGAACAGUAUCGCUGUGCUGCGAGCAAAGGCACAGGAGCACAGUGCCAAGAUGCUUGGGACAGUUUCUGACAGAACAAACAGUCAGGGAGGACACAAAGAGGAGGCUGAGGACAAAGGGACAGAACAGGACACAGCAGAGGCAAAGAACAAAGACUGAAG